GCGUGCUGGGCAGAAGAUGAAUGCGGCUGCCAGCAGUUACCCGAUGGCAUCGCUGUACGUGGGUGACCUGCACCCCGAUGUCACCGAGGCCAUGCUCUACGAGAAGUUCAGCCCUGCUGGGCCCGUCCUCUCCAUUCGGGUCUGCAGGGAUAUGAUCACCCGCAGGUCCCUCGGGUAUGCCUACGUCAACUUCCAGCAGCCAGCAGAUGCUGAGCGUGCUCUAGAUACCAUGAAUUUUGAUGUGAUCAAAGGAAAACCCAUUCGCAUCAUGUGGUCUCAGAGGGACCCCUCCUUGAGGAAGUCAGGGGUUGGGAAUGUCUUCAUUAAGAACCUGGACAAAUCCAUUGAUAACAAGGCACUUUAUGACACGUUCUCAGCGUUUGGGAAUAUUUUAUCCUGCAAGGUGGUGUGCGAUGAGAAUGGCUCUAAGGGCUACGCCUUUGUGCACUUUGAGACCCAGGAUGCUGCAGAUAGAGCCAUCGAGAAGAUGAACGGCAUGCUGCUCAACGACCGCAAAGUAUUUGUUGGGAGAUUCAAGUCUCGGAAAGAGCGGGAGGCCGAGUUGGGAGCCAAGGCAAAGGAAUUCACCAAUGUUUACAUUAAAAACUUUGGGGAUGACAUGGAUGACGAAAGACUAAAGGAACUCUUCAGCAAAUAUGGAAAAACUCUGAGUGUUAAAGUGAUGACAGACCCCACUGGAAAAUCCAAAGGCUUUGGCUUUGUAAGCUUUGAAAAACAUGAAGAUGCUAACAAGGCAGUAGAAGAAAUGAAUGGGAAGGACAUCAAUGGGAAGAUGGUCUUUGUGGGCCGAGCCCAGAAGAAGGUGGAGCGGCAGGCGGAGCUGAAGCGGAAGUUUGAGCAGCUGAAACAGGAGAGACUCAGCCGGUACCAGGGUGUUAACCUAUACAUUAAAAACCUAGAUGACACUAUAGAUGAUGAGAAACUGAGGAAGGAGUUUUCACCUUUUGGGUCAAUAACAAGUGCCAAGGUGAUGCUGGAAGAUGGCCGGAGCAAAGGGUUUGGCUUUGUCUGCUUUUCCUCUCCAGAGGAAGCCACCAAGGCCGUGACGGAGAUGAACGGGCGGAUCGUGGGCUCCAAGCCGCUCUACGUGGCGCUGGCCCAGAGGAAGGAGGAGAGAAAGGCCCAUCUGACCAACCAGUACAUGCAGCGCAUCGCUGGGAUGAGAGCCCUGCCUGCCAACACCAUCAUCAACCAGUUCCAGCCUGCUGCUGGCGGGUAUUUCAUGCCUGCCAUGCCCCAGGCUCAGAGCAGACCCACUUACUAUGCACCCAAUCAGAUGACACAGAUGAGACCCAACCCACGCUGGCAGCAAGGGGGAAGACCUCAAGGCUUCCAGGGGAUGCCCAAUGCCAUGAGGCAGUCUGGGCCACGGCCAGCACUGCGUCACCUGGCCCCUGCCAGCAAUGCUCCAGCCUCUCGUGGCCUCCCAGCCACUGCCCAGCGAGUUGGUAAGUGUCUGCCUCCCAGGCUCUGCCCCUGCUCUGGGAGGGAGGAGGAUGCUCUUGAGACUUUGUCAUUUUCUGCUUCCAGAGAUGGUGUGGGCACAGCAGGGCAGACUCUGGCCCCUCGUGCUGCCGUGGCUGCCCCGGCUCCCCGCGCUGUCCCUCCGUACAAAUACGCCUCCAGCGUCCGCAGCCCCCACCCGGCUGUGCAGCCUCUGCAGGCACCUCAGCCUGCGGUACACGUGCAGGGGCAGGAACCACUGACAGCCUCCAUGCUGGCUGCUGCCCCUCCCCAGGAGCAGAAACAGAUGCUGGGAGAACGUUUGUUCCCUCUGAUUCAAGCUAUGCACCCCAGCCUUGCAGGGAAGAUCACAGGAAUGCUGCUAGAGAUUGACAACUCAGAGCUGCUGCACAUGCUCGAGUCUCCCGAGUCCCUCCGGUCCAAGGUGGAGGAGGCCGUUGCAGUGUUGCAGGCUCACCAAGCCAAGAAAGAAGCUGCCCAGAAGGUGGGCGUGGUUGCUGCUACCUCUUAA